UGAAGUCCUGCUUGAGAGAGUCAGAGGAGUUUGUUGUGUGCUGUUUGAAUUGUGUAAACUGUAGAUUUCUGAAGAAGUACUGAGGUAGUGUAGUACAUGUGUAGCUGACACAUCAGUAGCUGUCUCUGUAUGUGGUGAGGAGGUUCUGUAACUCAGGAAGAAUGCAGGUUUGUUUGUAUCUGCUGCUUGUGCUCCAUGUUGCUGAAGGCUGCACACUGAAAGACAAUCAGCAGACAAAAUUCAUUACUGCAUACACAGGAGGGUCAGUACUGCUGCCCUGCUACUGCACUGACCCACGCACCAAACCUGGGAUUUUCAAAUGGAGAAAAGAAAACACAGACAGAAACACAUGGGAAGAGAUUUCCAAUGAGAGUGGUCAGUACGGAAACGGAGUUCAGCUGGUUAAUGGUCACUCUCCAGGAAAUCUCUCCCUACUCAUAUCACACCUGACUGAAGAGGAUGGGGGAACGUACCUGUGUUAUAGUGGAUCCAAUGGAUACAUCUACAUACUGCUCACUGUUAAAACCGGUCCAUCAACCAUGGAUUCUAAAUUUUUCAUUUAUGCCGCUGUGGGGGGCUUACUGCUCUUGCUGGUCCUCUGUGGGGUCAUCUACUGGAGAUGCAGAGCUCAGAGACAAGGACAGAUGGAGGGCUGUGAAAGGAAAACAGAAUUGAGAAGAGAUCAGGAGACACAGAAUGAUUGUGAGGUGCUGUACGCUACUGUAAAUAAAGAGGACAAAUGCAAAAAGGUUCAAGAAACAGAUGAUGUGACGUACUGUACUGUAGUCCACAGCAACACAUCAGCACCAGCAAACAAACUAAUGGACACUGAAGAAACUGCGGAAUAUGCCAGCAUCAAACUGAACUAACACCCACAUACACACACACACACACACCACACAAGCAUAC